AUGGCAAAGCAACAUUUCGAUCUGAUUGACUACUUCGGGCCGAUAGUGGUAGCGGCAACAUUCUCCGCCACAUUAUUUCUUAUCUCAUUCUUCGUGAUAAAUUUCUUCUGCAUCAGUAAACACGAUGACGUAACGAAGUUUGAAAAGAUGGGUGCCAAGCGUAACAUCCGAUUAGGACCACACAAACUGCUCAUUGAAAAGGAUUGCACAUUCAUUGUCCAAGAAGGAGAUGAGACAGAUGAUGAGGAGGAAGAGGAGAACGAUGAUGAACGCUCUCGUCUCGAAUAA